GGAGAGAGAGAACGGCCGAGUUGCUGCUUGCUGCUGGUAUUGUGACUGUCUCAAAUCCUGGCAGGUUCAGUUUCAGGCCCAACUUUCUGCAUGUUUGUUCUUGUGGUUGGUUAGGAAAGUGCCAAACUUCUACUUAUAUUGCAGUGCUGUGUUUAUUAUCGGGUCCAGUGAUUUAAUCGUCCGAAACUCGUGUGAAAAUGGAACACAGUUUUCCGUCCAAAUUUAGUUUGCUGCUCCUGCUGAUGAACAUCUUCGGCAGGUCGGUCGGCGCUGAUCUCACCGUCGAACAGAAGAUACGCGAGGACUCGGACCUUUCUCAGUUCUAUUCGUUGCUGGAGAACAACUUGGUGGCGAAUUCAACGCUGCAGCUGAGGAGUUGUACAGUGUUUGCACCGCAGAACUCGGCCUUCCAAAAGUACACCGGUGCCCAACACCGAGAUCUGGUGCUCUAUCACAUGACCAACUCGGCGCAGAACCUGAACGUUCUGGGUACAUCGGUGUCUUCCGAACUCGAGGGCAAUCCACCGCUGUGGAUCACGCGGACACGUGACAACAACCGCGAGGAGAUCUACGUCAACAACGCAAAAAUUGUCACCCACCGAUCCAACUACCAGAAUACCAAUAUCAAUAAGAAACAGGUUCUUCAUAUAGUUGACGAUGUUCUUGAGCCAGUGUGGUCCAUUUCCCAGGAUCUUGACGUCAAUAAUCCUGAUGCAUUCCAGUUCUUGAACAGAUCUGAGAAUCUGAAUCUUGAUAAGCACAGAGUGAGGUCGUUCAGGCAAAGAGUGCAGGUAACUGGAAAGAGUGACCUUUUUAGAGCUGAAGGCCGAUACACUUUUUUCAUCCCAGUAGAUGAAGGAUUCCAGCCUCCUCCGCGACCAGAGAAGAUCGACGCGAAGGUGAUCGACGGCCACAUCAUUCCGGGCAAAGUGCUGUUCACCAAACCGACGCCAUCCAACAAGGAGUACGAGACAAUGGCCUUCACCGACAUGCUCAAAGUCACCAUCUCAUUCAGCACCGAAACUGACAACAAGGGAGCCAAGAAAACCUACAUUAAGAGUCAUACAAUAAUCGGGGACCAAACUCACUCGACGGGCGUUGUGUUGGCGGAGAUUGUGAAAGGCAACAUUCCAGUGAAGAAUGGAGUCGUCCACCUGAUUCAUCGGCCUCUCAUGGUCGUCGACACCACUGUCACUCAGUUCCUCGAGUCUUUCAAGGGUUUUGAUCGUGAGGAUGGACCUCUGUACAAGUUCUACGAGACGAUCAGAGACACGGGCGGUGACUUCAUGGAUCGCAUCACCCGCCUCAGAGAGCUCACUCUGUUCGCUCCAUCCAAUGCCGCCUGGGAAGACUCCAACCUCAACAACCUACUGCGCGACCGCUCCAAGAUCCAGGAAAUCCUCAACAUGCAUCUCGUCGAACAGAAACUCACGCUCGACAAAAUUAUUACCAACAAUCAGAAUCAGCUGUUUCAGAUUGCGACGUCGGCGCCGCGACGCAGUCUCUACUUCAACGUGCUGCAGACGGGAGCCAACAAGACGCUGACCGUUGAGGGAGGGGGAGUGAACGCCACUGUCAUCCAACCGGACAUCGCAGCAAUCAACGGCAUUGUGCACAUCAUUGACCGCGUUCUGGGAGUUCCCUUCACCACCGUCGGACGCAAGUUGGCUACUGAUCCCAUGAUCAAUAAAACCAACCAUUUGGGAAUUCAGGAGAAUUUCAACUACCAGUUGGAUGACAUGAGGCGAAGGUUCACCUACUUUGUGCCACGUGAUUAUGCCUGGAGCCGAUUGGAAACUCGCUAUCCGUCUGCCCACAAGAAAAUCUUCAUGAAGGAAUUUGGCUACCAUGUGAAGCAAAUCCUGGAAAGACAUCUUGUGGUGGCAGAUGUGUCCUACACCAUGGCUGAACUGAAACGCAUGAGCAAUGAAACCAUAACACUGCCGACCGUCAGAGAUGUGCUUAAGCUCCGCGUCAAGGAAAACGACAACAACGUUGCUGAAAAUGAGAAUCAUUCCGUUCACACUGGCUACUACAUAGAGUGGAACAACGAGUGGGUUCACGUGUUCCGGCCGGACGUGGAGUGUACCAACGGCGUCAUCCACGUCAUCGAUCAGGUGCUGGUGCGUGAGAGCGACAUCGUGGUGACCGGGGCCUCCGCCACGCUUGGCCUCCCCACGCUCAUCACGCUCGCGCUCAGCAUCCUUACUGCCCGCUGGCUGCUCUAAGUCACUCGCCAAACCAAAUCCACCGAGUUAUCAAGCAACUACCAACAACCGUCUAAAAUGUUCAUUUCGUAGAGUUGAGAUUGAUUAGACAUAAUUUGACUUUUCAUUCAGUAAGUUAAAGAUUGUAUUACAUCAUUUGUGAAUGAUGUAAUUACAUCUUGUAGAGUUGACAUUGAUGAGAAUUGAUGUGAUUUCCAUGCAGUAAGUUUAGGAUCGUAUUACAUCAUGUGGGUGCAAAAAAUCAGGCGGGGAGACCAGUGGGACACCAGUGUUGUUCCAGCGGUAUCCAGGCUGGUUUACCGAGUGGGACACCAAAAUUUGGUGCCUCGACUGUUUUCCCUAGUGUAAUGAGCCCAAUAAGAACUAAAUUCCGCUCAAACACUGGUGUCCCAAAGUAAUACAAACCUAAAUUUCUGGUGUCUUGUCUGGUUUCCCCAGUGUAAUAAGCGCAAUGAAAACUAAUUGAACGGACACUAGUGUCCUAAUGAAAUACGAACCUCAAUUUAGUUUUUUUGUGGGAUUCGAAAGUUGAUAACGCAUUAUCCAACUGCGUUAUUGUGUCUGGAAUUGAGUUUGGGAUGAAAUUGACAUGACUUUACACUUAUUUUUAUCCAGUUCAUUUUUUCACUGGUUGAUGAGCUCACAUAAUUUUGACUCGAGCAUGGGUAUUGCGAUUAGACGAUGAAAAGCCCUGCGCUUGGCAGGAUUAACUAACCCAGAGUUGUUGCGGCAGCAGUUGAAAGGUUGAUACCACCCACCGUAAUGCAGUCCGCUAUUUGGUCGAAUUGAUUUGAAAGAUGAGAGGAUGUCGUUUACGUUUCGUUUCGUUUGUUACUCUUCUUGAAAUCAGGUGCGGGAUGAAAAAGUUCCAGUAGCUACAUUUCUUACUGUAAAAGUAAUAAUACAUGUUUCAUGACUGCCACAAAAAUACAUAAAAUGAUAAUUGCUUGAUAACUUUCAUUGGGUUGAAAAUCGAAAUCAGCUUUUACCAUCAAGCUCAUUCUGAAGUAAAUUUUUGUCACCUCCAACCUUUAGUCCUAAUAAAAUUAGCUGAGUGUUGAUGUAAAUAAGCAUUGUUUGUGAAGAUCCAAUCAAUAAUGAGUGUUUCCAAUUUGAAAAAGAGAAUAUUAUGGUAUGCAUGUUAUAGCUAACAGCAAGUUAGAAUGCAAAGUGAGGCUCGUUUCAUCGAUUUUAAUUAUCUUGAAGUACAUCUGUAUCAUUAUGUAAUAAUGAAAAUAUGUGGUGUAAAAUGUUAUCGGAAUAGUAUGAUUUGUCAAGUUUUAGAGGAUUUAACAUCACUAUGUGUACAUAAUGUAUUGGAAUAUGUAUUAAAUUAAGCUGAAAGGUCCAUUAUUAGAAUGCAUAUGAUGGCUUGUAUCAUUGUCGAAGUGUCAAUGCCGAGAAUUGUUUUGCUAGUUUUCAUAUCCUGAUAGAUGUAAGAAGUAAAAAUAUAAAUGACUUAUUGUUGUUGGUGUAAUAUCAAGAGUUGUUUGAAAGCUUGAAUAUAUUCUAAUUUUACAGCCUAAUACCAUUGACUCCAUCUGUAUUAUAACUGUUGAAGAGAGUAACUGUAUAUCUGAAUGAGAGAAAUUAUUUUAGACGAAAAAUGAUAACAAUUUAGUUAUGUUAUAGUAUGAUGAGUAGUUACUGAGUAAAGUAAUCCAUAAAAGAAGAAGAAUAAUAAUUAGUUUUCAAAAUUUUUGAAAACUAAUUAUUAUUCUAAGAUGCAAAGCAUCAAGGUUUGAGAAUUAAUAUUGAUUGUAUCUUAAAAAGCAUACAUCAUGAAUUUGGAUUCACAAAUAAAUCAAAAGAUCUAAUGGACCAUUGACUAUUUGAGAAUUUUGUAUCGAAUGGAUUCUUAAAACUCAUUGAAUUUAUAUAUUAAAUUUCCAAAUUGGCUCAUCCAAGUUCAUAAUGAUUAAAAACGCAUAAUAUUCUCCAAACUUCAGUUCUCUCAUGUGAUUCUUGUCAUAUUCUUCUAUAUGCAGUAGAUUAUCGUUAAGCGUCACCCUAACCACUUAUUCUAUUGAUGUUUUCUACAUACAAAACACCCAUUUCCAAUCAAUCCUACUUCAUACGCAAAAAAUAGUUGAACCAUAUCGUAUUCAUUUUUAUUUCCUGGAAGUUGAAGAAAAUUUUUAUUUCUGUCCACAGUUCGCCUUAGAUUCAAUAUGAUGAAGCAUUUUCCACCCUUGAAGUAGUAGUCUGAAGUUUAUCAUAGAAUUAUAGCAUUCCACCGACAUUUGAUUGCUGCUAAAUCAAAGUUUGAUUCACUUCAAUAAAUUAUAUAGAGACUUUUCUGGGUCUAUUCCUUCCUGGAGGAGCUUGUAAUUCAUGCAUACUACUCUUUAGAGAAUACUGCCUUAUACAAGACUUUUCUAUUAUUUUUAUCAAACGUAGCAAUCUGCUUUUUUCAUUUCCACUGCUUCCUGUCACACCAAUGCAAGGCUGUUUACUUUUUAUAUCUUCUACAUUAAGAAAUUCUUUUUCGUUAAUUUUCACAUUAACCUAAGCAUAUAUGCUUGGAUUAGAGUUGAAACGAAUUAAUUCUCUGGCAGCUUUAAUAUUAGAAUAGUAUGAUCUCUAUACGUUGACCACAAUCUAAUGCUUCACUAUUCCAUAAAAUUGUUAUUGUGUAGGAUCCCUCAACGUUGAUUAUAUUUUCAUGUCUUUUUGAACUCAAUUAGAUUACGCAAUUUUGCUGAUUGGUGUCAAUUUGAUUGAGAAAUAUCGACAUUGAAGUUUGACGCCUACCGAAUUAUAUUUUUUUAAUGUGCAAAGAGUGUGUGUAACCUAUAACUCCAUGAACAAAAUAUCUAUAAAUAAUUUAGACGAUGCCUUUCUACACAUCCUCAAUACCAUUUAUAUAUGUUGAUAGUUGUACAAAUGAUGAUAUAAAUUUUAGAUAGGUAAUAAAUUAUCGUCAACUAUGCUAUGAAUGAUCUGAAUGAGUGUAUAUCGCUAGUGUUGUCUCUUUUUAUAAAUAAAAUUCGUGAAUUAUUUGUAUGUCCAUGACAAAAUUAACUAAAGUAAGGUUUUUUAUUUAUUAUAAAGUAUAAAAUAAAUUAUCUUUGUUCUCAAUUUAGAAGUAGAAGUAUUUGUUUCAAGCUGUAACAUAUUUCGAGGCUUUGCGUUUUGUAUGUUGUUGAUAUGAUUAUGUUUGGAGGUAUGCAUGAAUCUAUAGUAUGAAUGUGUUUAUCGCUGAAUGAGAAGCUGUUUGAAUCACAGAAUAAUGUUUCUAUGCUUUGAAACUAUCAUGUUUUUAGUAAUUGAUAAAAAUCAGUCAAUUUUAUUAGUUGAAAUUUAUCAAUCGAGUCAAUUCCUUGAGAUUCCCUCCAAGGAAACUGGUAAUUCGAAAAUACUUUUCUUGAUUCUUAGAUGUUAAUCUUUCACUGACACUUGAGCAUUCCGUUUAUUUCUAUGAAAUUAUAAUUACAAAUGCGUGAAAAAUAUAUUAUGUGUGAGGUAUUGCGCUUUGUAAUAAAUAAAAACCAAAACAUGUAUGUAUCUCUUAAAUGAUAAUUUAACUAGGUAUAAUGUAUUGAUUAGUAUGUUACUUGACUAUCCGUUCUCAUAGCAAACAAUGAGGUAAAUUUUAACUAGAUAGCAUAAAAAUAUGUUAGGCUGCAAUCGUAAUAAGAAGACUAUAAUCAAUGCAUUGAUAUCAAUCAAUUGCAAAAUAAUUGAAUGAUUGGGAAUUAUUAUCGUGCAAAGCAUUUCGUUGAGUCAGGCUGUUAAUUGCUAUAAAAUAUUGAUCAGAGUAACUCUUUUGAUGUUCGAAUUGUUGUAGAUAUAUAGCAUACAUUUUAAAAGUUUUGAUAUGCAAACUUCUGAAAAUAAUUAUCAGAUUAUCGUUGUUUUCGAUCCAAUAUUUUUCUGAUAGAUUCAAAUUUGAAUUACUUAUUUACCAAAUAUCAUUUAGCCGAAAUUUUUUAUAGAAUGUGAAAAUGAUUGAUAAAUUUGAAGAGAAUUUUUCGAAUUAAAUCCGGUCUUGAACAUUAAAAAGAACGUCAAUAAGCUAUUUCUACACGGUAUUAUUGAAAAUUGAUUCAGAUUUCGCUCUUCAUUACAAUUAAAAUAUUCAUCUGUAUCACGAUUGGUGCUCAUUUAUUCAUUUUUUUAAGAAAAAUUGCGCUCUCGUCAACUUCGGAGGUGUGUCUUUGUUAUGGAGCAAAAGUCUUAUUUUAUUAUGUCAUGUUGAUAAUAUUUUAUUGCCGUUCUUUAUAAAUAUUCUCUUUGAGACAUGCAUUUUUUCCAAGUUAUUCAAAUUUAUCAUUCAAUAUUGCUUCUAAUAUUUAAAUAAAUAAGGUACUUGUUUGAGAAAAACUAUUAAAUUAUAUUUCUAGUUCAAAUAAUUUUCAAAUUCAUCUGUCAAUAUUGUAAUUUCUCAUUAUUUUGAGUAUUCCUCUCUUCUUAAAAUUGAUUCAAUUCUUUCAGUUCCACCUUCAAAAUUGAGCUUAUUCACACAUUUUCUAGUUUAUAAGGAUUAGUCUGAUGAUUGGGCUCAUGAAUUCUUGCUUGUGUUUAUUGAGAGUGUACCUAUUUUUCAAAGCAGAAUUAUAAUGUUAACGCUGAUUGUAAACUGUAUUAUCAAAGUUCAAGGAGUUGAUAAAAUAAUGUAAAGACUAAGUAUGAUUUUUUCGAGCCCAAAUAUUAUUAAUAAAUUCGAAGCUACUCGUUUUGAGUGAAACGCUAUGGAUAGAGUAGCUUCCUUCUUAAGCUUAGAGAGAGUUGGCAUCAGUUUAGAAAGAAAGCUUAUUUUCACGCAAAAUUUUUAUAGUACCUAAUUAAUCGUUGGAACUUUCCGGCUUUUCUGUUACAAAGUAUAACUUAUCCGUAGAAAUAUCUAUAGUGACUUGAACACAAUAACACACUGCUGGACAAUGUUAGAACCAGUUACGGUACCCAUAGUUGUUCUAGAUGCAGGCAUAAUUAUUACUACAUUCCAAAGUGUUCAUUUAUUUAUUAUAAUGCAUCUUCAAAGUAAAGUAAAAUGUUCAAUCAUUGUAUUCCUUCUUCCAGAUUCCAAUCUCUGUUCAAAUUUGUUUGAUUCACAUUAUAAAAAUAAAAUUAUUUUUCAAUGUGUG